UUCAGGACUAUCAAAGAGCUGCUGGAAUCAAUGCGAGAUGCGAUUAAAGCACACCAGUCCCUCUAUGUAACUGGAAACAUCCUUCAUCGUGAUAUUUCUUCAAAUAACAUCAUUAUCACGGACCCUGCAACAGCAGAUGGUUUCAAGGGCAUGCUCAUCGACCUUGGCCUGGCCAAAAUCAGAGAUAGCGGCCCGAGCGGAGCACGACAGCAGACCGGCACGAUGCAGUUUAUGGCGGUGGAAGUGCUACGCAUGGUUGAUCACACAUAUCGCCAUGAUCUGGAGUCUUUCUUUUAUGUCUUGCUUUGG